AUGAUGAAGGAGUUUCUCCGAUAUACACUACUAGGCCUCCUAGCCCAGGGCUCUCACGGCUUUCUAGCACCUAGGUCCGAGCAGCAAGCCAAAUAUCGCAUCCCAAGCAACAAGACCAGUAUAAUUCCCCACAGCUACAUAGUCCGCCUCCAUGACAAUCACACCAUCGAGGAUCAUUAUGUCAACAUUGGUGUCAACAUCAGCGAUGUGGCAUCAGAAUUCAACUACCUGGCUCCGUUGAAUCUCUAUUACUUCCAGCUUGAGGCACAGAACUCAACUCUGAUACAUGAACUCAUCCGACGAGAUCCCGGUAUCAAACGAGUAGGGCACGAUUACUAUGGGGAGACCGAAAUAGAUCCCAUUCAUCACAAUCCCGAUGGCUCUGACCACGGUGGUUCAAGUUCCAAGCAACCUGUCGAUACCCCUGCAGUAAGUAAGAGGUGGGACGAGAUGUUUUUCAACGCUCAAUGGCACCUAGCAAUGAUUGGAUUGUGGAACAAGAUAAGGCUGAAAGGGGAUACAGUAUACCCACAUGCUGACUUUAGAAUCCCGUGGUUAGAGGAUGCUGGAAAAGGUGUCAACAUCUACAUUUUCGACUCUGGCAUUCGGCUUGGACUGUCUGCUUUUGGCAGUCAAGAGGGCAAAAUGUGGAAUCUUAACAGCUUAAAAGAGGAAGACAAAGCUCCUUACUGCGACAACGAGACAAUGAGAGAUACAGAAGGGCAUGGUACCAAAGUAGCAGUCGUAGCCGCUGGAUACAACAAUGGGAUGUUGAGCCCCGCAUGGAGGGCCAACCUCGUAUCUGUGAAAGUGAAGUCCGUUAGCGAUGUUAUCUUAGAGCACAAGAAAUAUUGGGGGAGCCCGCCCGACGGCUGGAGAGGCUCCGUGAUCAAUGUCUCGAUGGGAUUUCCGAAGCACGCAACAGAUCCCGACUUCCAGUACGCCUGGGACGCAGCAAGGGCAGCCGGUAUUCCAAUAGCAGCAGCAGCAGGCAACACUGGAGAGAAUUGGCUCCACGCCCCGGCCAGAUUCAAGUCUACCUACAGCGUGGGCGCCGUUGACGCGCGCUAUCGGCGAUGGGAACAAUCCCACUAUCAUCGCAAACUCAACGUUUUCGCACCGGGAGUUCGUGUGCCCACUGCAGAUCAUAUAACAGGAAGGCCGAUAACAGGAGAUGGGACUAGUCUGGCAUCUCCACUGGUUGCUGGAGUUAUGGCUAUGAUGGUUGGGUAUGAAGGUGCGUGGAACAUACCUGAUGGUAAGAAUAUCUAUGCCAGGUUAGAUGCCAACCUUGUGCCACUGGUCACAAUGGACGAGAAUAUGACCAAGGCAGGUGUCGAACCAAACCUCAUCAACACCGGCUUCUUCAACCCCGACAGGGAGUUUGAUCGGCAUCCCUAUGCUGGAAUCCCAUGGACAGAACCCCCUGAGAUUGGUCCUGGAUCAUUCCUUGAUAAGAGGCAGAGAAGUCCAUACGACAAACAGCGCGGCGACUAUUGGGACAAGAACUACUACGACGGUCCACAGCACAGCGUUGAAUUCGGUAAGUUGCAAUGA